CCCGAAGCCGCUGAGGCCCCGCGGACUGAGAGCGCCCAGCCAUGCCGUUCGGCCUGAAGCUCCGCCGCACGCGGCGCUACAAUGUCCUGAGCAAGAACUGCUUCGUCACCCGCAUCCGCCUGCUGGACAGCAGCGUCAUCGAGUGCACGCUGUCGGUGGAGAGCACGGGCCAGGAGUGCCUGGAGGCCGUGGCGCAGAGGCUGGAGCUGCGCGAGACGCACUACUUUGGCCUUUGGUUCCUCAGCAAGAGCCAGCAAGCCCGAUGGGUGGAGCUAGAGAAGCCACUGAAGAAACAUCUGGACAAAUUCGCUAAUGAGCCUCUGCUGUUCUUCGGAGUCAUGUUUUAUGUGCCAAAUGUGUCAUGGCUUCAGCAAGAGGCCACCAGAUACCAGUAUUACCUGCAAGUCAAAAAAGACGUGCUCGAAGGGCGUUUACGUUGUUCACUGGAGCAGGUGAUCCGGCUGGCCGGCCUGGCGGUGCAAGCUGACUUUGGAGACUAUAAUCAGUUUGAUUCUCAAGAUUUCCUCCGAGAGUAUGUGCUCUUUCCUAUGGACUUGGCCCUGGAAGAGGCUGUUCUGGAGGAGCUGACGCAGAAGGUCGCACAGGAGCACAAGGCCCACAGUGGGAUCCUGCCCGCCGAGGCCGAGCUGAUGUACAUCAACGAAGUGGAGCCGCUGGACGGGUUCGGGCAAGAGGUCUUCCCCGUGAAGGACAAUCAUGGAAACAGUAUGCAGCUUGGCGUUUUCUUCAUGGGGAUUUUCGUGAGGAACAGAAUCGGAAGACAAGCAGUGAUAUACAGGUGGAGCGAUGUCGGGACGGUCACCCACAACAAGUCCAUGAUCCUGGUGGAGCUGCUCAGCAAGGAGGACACGGCCCUGUUCCACAUGGAUGACAUCGAGAAUGCCAAAUAUGUUUCUCGGUUAUUUACGACACGGCACAAGUUUUAUAAACAAAACAAAAUCUGCACCGAGCAGUCUGCGUCUCCGCCUCCCAUCCGACGCCAGCCCACCUGGAGCCGCUCCUCGCUGCCCCGGCAGCAGCCGUACAUCCUGCCUCCCGUGCACGUCCAGUGCAGCGAGCCCUACUCAGAAACACACACGUCACAAGACAGCAUUUUCCACGGGAAUGAAGAGGCCUUGUAUUGCAACUCUCACAACAGCCUGGAACUGAGCUACUUAAAUGGCACCGUCACCAACGGCAGCGUGUGCAGUGUGCACAGCGUCACCUCCCUGAGCUGCCCGCAGAGCUUCCUGCAGACCUCGCCGGUGUCCUCCAACCUCAGCAUCCCCGGGAGCGACAUCAUGCGGGCCGACUACGUCCCCAGCCACCGGCAUAGUGCCAUCAUCGUGCCGUCCUACCGGCCGACUCCUGACUACGAGACCGUCAUGCGGCAGAUGAAGAGGGGGGCCAUCCACGGGGACAGCCAGAGCCAGUCCCUGCGCAACCUCAGCCUGCUCGGCGCCCACGCCUACAGCCAGCCCGAGGAGCUGGUGUACAGCCAGCCGGAGAUGCGCGACCGGCACCCCUACACCAUGCCCUACACCCCGCAGGUGGGCUACGGCCACGCACUGAAUCUGGAGAAGCAGAAGAUCGCGAGCCUGGAGGCGCAGAAAAGGCCGCUGAUGUUGGCAGCGCUGAACGGCCUCUCGGUGGCCCGGGUCACGGGGCGGGAAGAUUGUCACCACGGAGCCGCCCGAAUCCCCAUGGACGAGAGGUUCAGGACCCUGAAGAAGAAGCUAGAAGAGGGCAUGGUGUUCACAGAAUAUGAGCAGAUUCCAAAGAAAAAGGCCAACGGCGUCUUCAGCACCGCGACUCUGCCGGAAAAUGCUGAGCGCAGCCGGAUCCGCGAGGUGGUUCCUUACGAGGAGAACCGCGUGGAGCUGAUGCCAACCAAAGAGAACAACACUGGCUACAUCAACGCAUCCCAUGUCAAGGUGGUGGCCGGGGGUGCAGAAUGGCACUACAUCGCUACACAGGGGCCCCUGCCGCACACGUGCCACGACUUCUGGCAGAUGGUGUGGGAGCAGGGGGUGAACGUGAUCGCCAUGGUGACCGCGGAGGAGGAAGGCGGACGAAACAAAAGCCACCGAUACUGGCCCAAACUGGGUUCCAAGCACAGCUCAGCCACCUACGGCAAGUUCAAGGUCACCACGAAGUUCCGGACAGAUUCUGGUUGCUAUGCAACCACAGGCUUGAAGGUCAAGCACCUUUUGUCCGGACAGGAAAGGACAGUGUGGCAUUUGCAAUACACAGACUGGCCGGACCACGGCUGCCCAGAGGAUGUCCAAGGGUUUUUGUCCUACCUGGAGGAGAUCCAGUCGGUCCGUCGCCAUACCAACAGCAUGCUGGAAGGUGCCAAGAACCGGGCCCCUCCGAUUGUAGUCCACUGCAGCGCUGGCGUGGGCAGGACCGGGGUGGUCAUCCUCUCGGAGCUGAUGAUCUGCUGCCUGGAGCACAACGAGAAGGUGGAGGUCCCCGUGAUGCUGAGGCUGCUCCGGGAGCAGAGGAUGUUCAUGAUCCAGACCAUCGCGCAGUACAAGUUUGUCUACCAGGUCCUCAUCCAGUUCCUCCAGAACUCCAGACUCAUAUAACCCCAUCCGGCUCCACACGCAGACACAGCAGAGACCCGAGCCUGCACAGGAGACGCGAGCUGGAUCACCCACCAACGUCGUGUAUUAUUUUAUACGAGAUAAUUUAUUUUUUCUCUUUGGAAUAAGAUUUAUGAAUUAUUAUACUGCAGUUGUCACCGUGAUACAGUACGUUGCAUUUGAACCACACUUUUGACUGAUCUGCAUUGUAAGACAUCGGCAGGGAAGGUGGCCUGGUGGGUCCCUCCGAGGACGGAGGCAGAAGGGAGCACAUCUCCAGUGAAUCAGCAGCCAGGUCUAUAACCCAGCCUGAGACCCAUCGUCUUAACUGCUCGUGUCAAAAAUCAAAGUGGGGCCGGGGGUGUAGCUCAGUGGUGCCGUCGCCUGCCUCAAAAGCAGAAGGACCUGAGUUCGAUCCCCAGUUCCAAAACAAAAAACAAAAAAAUCAAAGUGGCAAGAAAAUGAGUUCAUCAGGAAAUAGAAGGCAAGAGGCCAAGACCCUUCCUGGAGGGAGAAGCACUCUUCUAUUUUGAGGGCUCAUGAGGCAUGAUAAAGUGUCCUGUCCUUUAUUUCUGCCUUCAUCCUUAAUCACCUCUUCUCCCACUACCCAUACCCCUGUACCCCGAGCUUGCUUAAAGAUAGGAAAGAGAAAGGGCACCCCUGGGAGGCGGGAGUAGCACCUCGGCCGUGUCUUGUCCUGGCCUCUGCAGCCCGUCUGCCGUGUGGGGCCUGUGCCCGGGAGCCUGCUGCUUCUCCGGGUUGCUCGCAGGGCCUGCCCUGUGGUGUGGAGGACCGGUGUGAUCCGUCUCCAGCAGUCACGGUCGGAGGAAAAGUCACGAAGGGAACAGCGGGGAGCACUGCCUGCCAGGAGCCGCUUGGCACAAGGAGCAGGGCAGGGCCGCUCCUGUGGACUUGAGCUCACGGCCCGCGUCUCACUGUGUCCUUACCAAGUGCCCUGCUUUCCUUCUCUCUGCUGGCCGUGCUCAGCGAUGGUGUUCGCCACCCUCAGCUUCUUCCCUGUGACCGAAUUUCUUAGUGCACAGAAAGCACAUCUCACACUCUUUCCUGCUUCCUGAAUUUUGGGCAGUUUUUCCUUCUGAGGUAUCUUUUUUUAAACACAGCUUUUACAUUCCGGUUCUGUUCUCAGAAAUGACUUAGGUCGGCUGUCCCAUGUACUUUCCUCCAUUGCUGUCCAGGUUUGUGCUUUGUUUUGUUUUCCUGAGCUGAACAGAUAGUAUCAAGUGGAAAGAGCAUGGCUCUGGGCCUCCCUGCCACACAUGGGACAGGCACCAGUGGACAGUGACCCAACUCCGCUUCAGUUCCGGCCAGGUCGUGGUGACCAUGCUGUGGGUGUAGACUCCUCCUCUCUCGUCUCCUCCAAGGUGUGAAGUCAGCUCAGGAGUGUGACUGCCUCUGAGCUGGGUAGAUACCAGGGUCUUGGUGUGUGCUCUGAAAAGGAAACCAUUCAUUUCCAGUGCAACAGAGAUGCCGAUCACCAGGCUGAAGGGAUUUUGUUUCCAGUUCUUGGAGAUCUUUUUGUCCUCGGGACAGUUGAACAGUUGGCGUUGGUUCCCAGUUUACUGUAUGAUGAAGAGCUUCAGCGUGGGCACUGGGGAAGAGGCUUGAUUUGAGAUCUCUUUGGGCUCAUCCUUCAGGGCUUCCUUCAACCCAUCCACUGUUCCCAUCUUGUGCUACAAGAAUGCUCAUUAAAGCACAGGAUGCAGGAGGAAGUGGGUGGAAAAUCCAACUUCCCAGCCAGAGUUUGUAUGGAAAACAUUCGAGUCACUCCAUAGAUGUCAUUUUUUAAAAAAUGCUCCAGGUUCUUUAGAACGUUUUGCACUCAUUUCACACCUCCAGCGAAUGCCAGCGUGUCUCCUGUUAAAUUAGCAGCAGCCAGUUAAGUCCUGUUCAUGGCAUCUACAUAAUAAUUAUCCAGAGAUGCUUUAUACCUGGGAAGCAAGCCAGGGAGUAAACCUCGAAGCAAAGUGUAUUAAAUUAGUUAUCUAGUUAGGGCUUUGGGAAUGGUUUCCUGAUGAUGUAUCAAGUCUGAUGCUGGAGCUGUCAGGGUCUGUUGCUGCUGGUAGGAUUAGAAGAGAGAAAAUUAAAAAUGGAAGAAAUAAAAGACACCAAAUCAGGAGCAGGCUGUCUUCUGGCCUGUGGUUUUGAAGCUGCCCAGUCGAAAUACUUUGUCCCUUCACUUGCUGUCCCUGGGAUAUGUGGACUGGAAGCAUUCGUCCUGGUUCACAGUGGUCCCUCAAUGUCUUCAUCCCUGACACGCGGAGAGGCGGCCUGUAGUUGGUUGUGCUGGCUUCUGAGGAGAUACCACGCAUUUGCAGGCCGCUGUCACAUCUCCACCCAGCUCUGCCGUGCACAGCAAGUGAGGAUCCAGCUGCUUUAGAGGAAGAGGACAGACGUUGACUUCUCCCCAUGUGAGCAGAGGUGCAUGUUUACACGCAAGUGAGCCAGCCGGGGUAGGGGCGGACAGCUCUGCCUGGAAUAUCUUGAGUCAGGGAGCUUAGACACAAUUUUCCUUGUACGAACUUUGUGACUCUAGAUUGAGAGGAACAGCUACUCCUGAUUAUGACGGAGCCACCCUGCCUCGCUAUCUUCCGCUGCCUCCUGAGUCUGCCUGCCUCGGGGUUUCCUGCAGACGCUGCCGGGCUGGACUCCUGCAGCCUUGGUCCUGCCUCCUCUUGGUUUUCUCUUUUAGCUGUAGACGCCAUUGGGCAUGGCAGGCUGGCAUUCUUAGCCAGCUGAGUGCUCCUUCUCAUCUUGCUAGUUUAAUGCAGGCCAUCCUUCGUGGUUCCAGUAAUUGAGCCUGUUUUCUGUGACUGCAGAAACUUCACGUGGAUCAGCUGGUACAGACCUUGUCUCUUCUCCCUGCAGGGCAGGGACCCCCAUAGGUGCCCUUCCUGUGAGUUACAUAGGACAGCAUGUGGAGUAGGCAGCCUGGCUCGGUGAGAAGCUUGCCAUGGUGACAGUCGUGCCACACGGUGAGUGGCUGUGUCCCAGGGCUUGGAAGUCGCGCUUUGCAGAGGCACUGGUGGCCUUGUAACAAAACAGGUGUGUCGGGAGUGCGGUCAGCUUGGGCCGCUGUUGGCGUUGGUCUGCUGUUCAUUCGUUCCCAGUGUUGGAAGAGACUGGGGCACCUCAGAGGGAGGAAUCCCGGAAAUGUCCAGGGGUCCCCAAGGAGCUCUCAUGAUGGCUUUCGUCCCUAGGGUCUCAGUUUUCCCAUCUGAGCAAAGACCCUGUUGCUGUGUCCCAGUUUGUCGUCUGUGGUUGUGAUGAGACACGCGCCAUGCUCUUAUCUAGGGAUUUCUUUCAUGAGUGGAGUAGCAGCUCUUCCGGCUGCCAGAUGGGGAAACAGGAGUCUCCCUGUGGGCAGUGCCCACAGCCUGCUUAGCUCUGCAGGGCGGACCUGAGCGGCAAGUUGGGAAUUUGCAUUUGACGCUUCCCCUAGAGGGGAAAGGCUCUGGUCUUUACCUCAGCCCCUGAAUCAUUCGGGGCAAAACCCCUCACUGGUGACUGUGUCGGAAGGGCCGGCACUGAGCGUGGCAGGCGGGUGAAGGAACCAAACCCUGCCGGCCUGAAUCGCCCCACGGCGGUGUGGCUCGGAGGUUCUGUGACACCCAGCCUCAGUUUACCCAGUCAGGACCUGGCAUGGCCUGUACCCCAACCGCUGGCAGCUUCUGUGUGUCCCUUGUGUACUCAGGUAGCAUUGCAACCGGUGGACCGAUCACCUUUUUGGAUGUAGCUGCAUCUUCCUUCUCAGGAAGACUACAAAGCUCCUCAUGGACACCACGGCACUGGCAUCGCUCGAUGGCACGCACAGGGUGUGCAGUGGUACAGGACAAGGAAGGGGCUGCAUCUGUCCCUGCUGUCCUCGCCCUUGUUCCUGCUUCCCAUUUUAAAAACAGACUGGGGGACCCUGAGUUGCAAAGCAGGAGGCCGGAGCUCAGGCAGCCUGCACGUGACAGGUGUCCAUCACUAUCCCUUCUGCUUUCCUGUGGACCACUUUCCUUUGGGCAUCUCUUUUCCUCAAACUUGCCCCAAGUUUGCCCAAAGAGGGGCCCUCUGUCGGGAGAGCGGGAUGGAGGGGCUCAGGUCAGCCUGAAUUUCCCGUCCACGAGGCUCUGAUUCGCAGUCUCUGGAGCCCUCAGUGUCUCGCCUUUCUGUGACGUCGGUGUGGGGAAGGUGCUGGUGUUGCUUUCACCCUGGCGCAGGAAGCCAGGGGUGCUGCCAGGGCACAAGUCCCCAGGGGGCCCAGCAGGGCGACUGUGGUGCCCCAUCCUGCUGGGCCGGGGCUGGAGUUCCCGUCUUCCUCCCAAGGCCCUGAGGGCUCUGGCUUUUCUUAUGGCGGGGAGGAUCAGCUGUCCACAGUGCCCUUUCUUCGCCUGCCUUAUCCCUGCCGCCCCUACAAGAGCCUUAAACCUGGUCCUAGACAGUCACUGGCUCACACCUCUCCAAAAUGUGCAGUUAGAAGUCUAAUUUCAAUUCUUUUUCAUUUUUCUUUUUUUUUUCUUUUCCAAAAAGCUUAUAUGAUUUCAAGGAAUAAGAUCUGGUAAGGAAAAAUACCAGGAAUGAAGAUAGCUAGAAAACUGUCAGCCAGGCACGGUAACGCACGCCUGUGAUCCCAGCACUCUGGGAGGCCAAGGCAGAAGGAUGACAAGUUCAUUCCAAGCCUGGGCAACUUGGUGACUUAAAUGACCGUGUCUUAAAAAAAUAGAAAAGCCAGAAUGUAGCUCGGUGCAUAGACCCCGGGCUCCAUCCCCAGCACCGCCAAAAUAAAGAAAACUGGCAGCAGCCCGGCGGUCACUGUGAGCCACGUUUCACUUCCUGAUGAGGACUCAGUCCUGGAGGAAAUGCGAGGAAAGCAGGGAUGGGCCUGCGCGCUGUCGGGGAAUGCCGCAGUGUAGACGUGUCCAGUCUCACCAGCUUCCUGGGCCCGAGGAGCUGCCCUUCCCGCCCGCUUCCUUCAGGGAAUCACAAAUGCUACGUCCUGAGAGGGCAGCCGUCUCGGGAAUGCGGCCUUGAGGUUUCCGUGCCCGGCCUCCCAGGCGCUGCCCUGCCGGGCUCCUCCUCCCCUCUGCAGCCUUAGCUGAGAAAAACACAGAGAGAUACAGCAUCCGCGGAAGCUGUCGUCCAGAGCCAGCCAUCUCGUUUCUUUUUCAACUCGAACAUUGUAAAAUUUGACUGCAACUUCCUUCGAACUCUCUCGCCACUGUUUGGUGUCCCGAAGCCCUUUAACCUUAUCCUUUGGGACAGAGGCCCACUCUUCAUCGGAGAUGGUUUCCUGCCUGUGUUCUUGGUGCCCUCUGUGGCCGGCCGGCCCGCCUGCGGAUGCCGUGGGUAUAGAGGAAGAGGCACGCACCGGUGAGCGUUGUCUAAGCAGACCCCCCGUCACCUGUUACAUCACGAAAGAGGUCGGUCUAGUGCGUUGCUGGACUGUUGGACUCUGCUUCGUUCAGUAUUUCCAUGCUUUGCUUGGUCUGUUUUGUAAAAUGUUGCAAAUACCGGCACCCUUCAGAAUAGUUCACACCAGCAGGCUUUGGUUUGAAAUGAUACAGAAGGCCCCCGCCGGCCAGAGUACAGGCGCGGACUGGCCCCCGCACAGCCCGCGUGUGAGGAGCGACCCCCGAGGAGCAGCCGGCGCCCCUUCUGUCGUCAGUGUUGAAAAUGCAUUCCAGGUUGGGGCUUGGGGUCCCCGGGACGCUCUCCUCCUCCCGAGUGACCGCUUGCUGUGCUGCCAGAGGGGCUGUGAGGAGACGCAGGGCUGAGACGUGAAAGCACAUUCCCGGGCCGGGGAGCGGUUCGGUCUCGAGCCAAGUCGACUGUACUUGGGUACAGACUGCCUUCCAGUCUGAUAAUGUUGAAAGCCUUAAGUAAAGCUAUGCAUGCUUCUUCUAUGUGCUAUUUUAUAUCAGUAAAUAAGCUUAUGCUUGCCAGUUUCAUACACAAGGGUGAGGUGUGUAAAACUGCCUUUGACAGUAUUUUUUGCACUGUUUCCUGUCUGUUUUUAUAAAGUCUUAUUUAGAUGUCCGUCUCAGCGGAAGUUCUUACUGCCGUCAUUACUGUAAAAUAUUUCAUAUGUGCCUUUGCAAAUGUGAGAUCUUUAUUCAAACCUUUUUUGUAAGAGAUAUAUAUUGAUUUCCAUACACAAUAAACCUUUUGUUUUUCAG